CAAACAGACCUCAUUCGCUGAGUGGCCGCUCCGUGAGAACAACAGGCUACCUCCCUCUGUCCUGUGAUGCUGCACAUCUAUGGGACAAGGGCUACAAAACCCCCAAUGAAUCUAACAAAGAGCCAUAAAAUCCACAUGGAAUCCUAAUUUGGGGGAACAUUGAAAAGACAGCACCUUUUUGUUAUCUGUAUAUGAUCAUUUUUUAACCGUAUAAGAUAUUUAUUGAAAAUUUACUCCUCAGACAAUAUUCUAAAGUGUUAAGAUAAGGAAGCUGAUGUUCCUCUGUAUUCAGACAAGAUCUCCCUCUUGGCUUGUAAGCUAUGUGGAAUAAAACAUGCACAUAACUAGAGGGGCUCGGUCCGACCCGCUGGCAGGUCUUUUCUCCAGCAGCAGCUCCACCGUGUCCUCAUGUGGCAGUAGAGUUAUUGACUGAUUCUUCAGCGCAGCCAGGGGCCAACAGAAGCUGCAUCUCCGGCCGCACCAUGACUUCAUCGGACAAUGACGAAACGGGGAGCGAUCUGUCCGAGUCUCUGGAGAUCCGUGAGCUCCAGGACCAGUAUACGAUGGACCCGGAGACCUGCUUCAAGUCCAAAAGCUUGCCCAUCCUGAACGGACCCUGUCCACCGGAUCGAAAGGCCGCCUGUGUGGCCGUGGAGGAGGCCAGCGAGCUCCGGUCCAAAACCCCAGACUCCAGUCAGGCGGAGACUCCCUCCUCCAGGAUGGACUUUUCCCCCUCGGCCUCCAGCAUGGUGGGACUCAGUAGCUCUCUACCCGUGGAGGGCCGCAGGGCCGCUGGCGGUAAAAAACUCGGUUUCUCUCUCACCCGCCUUAUCUGCAUCCCAGCCAGGAAGUAUGCACGGGUCAUCCUGAGGGACUCCCGCUGCUUCCUGUUCUGCAUGUGCUACCUGACCUUCAUUCAGUCCCUGAUGGUUUCGGGCUACCUGAGCAGUGUCAUCACCACCAUUGAGAAGCGCUACAGCCUGCGCAGCUCCGAGUCCGGCCUGCUGGUCAGCUGCUUCGACAUCGGCAGCCUGCUGGUGGUGGUCUUCAUCUCCUACUUCGGGGGCAGGGGCCAGAGGCCCCGGUGGUUGGCUGUGGGUGGUGUGAUCAUCGCCGUAGGGGCGGCGUUGUUUUCCCUCCCCCACUUUAUCUCGCCGCCCUACCAGAUCCAGGAGGUGAACUCCUCGAUGGGCCGCGAAGGCCUCUGUCAGACCGGCAACGGCAGUGGGCGCGAGCUCGACGUGGCUUCGUGCCCCCGCGACCAGGAAGGCAACGAGCACAACCUGUAUGUGACUCUGUUCAUAUGUGCCCAGAUACUUGUGGGCAUGGGGUCCACGCCGAUCUACACCCUGGGGCCCACCUACCUGGACGACAACGUGAAGAAAGAAAAUGCAUCUCUCUACUUGGCCAUCAUGUACGUGAUGGGAGCUCUGGGACCUGCAGCUGGCUACCUGCUGGGAGGCGUCCUCAUCGGCUUCUACGUCGACCCCAAAACGGUCGUGAACAUUGAUCAGAGUGACCCCCGCUUCGUUGGCAACUGGUGGAGUGGCUUUCUCUUGUGCGCCGUAGCCAUGCUUCUGGUCAUCUUUCCCAUGUUUGCCUUCCCCAAAAAGCUUCCCCCACGCCACAAAAAGAGGAAGAAGAAAAAGAUGGGCUCGCCCGGCGAUGUGUCCAGCGAUGACGAUGUGAUGAAGGAAAAGUCCAGUAGCAAAGACCAGAAUGUCUCCUCCUCCAUGGGCUUUGGAAAGGACAUCAAAGAACUCCCCAAGGCAGCCCUGAGGAUCCUCAGCAACACGACCUUCCUGUUCGUCAGCCUGUCCUACACGGCAGAGUGUGCCAUCGUCACCGCCUUCAUCACCUUCAUCCCCAAGUUUAUCGAGUCCCAGUUUGGUAUCCCCGCCUCCAGCGCCAGCAUAUACACCGGUUUGAUCAUCGUACCCAGUGCCGGGGUGGGCAUCGUGCUGGGGGGCUACAUCAUCAAGAAGCUGAAGCUCGGCGCCAGAGAGUCGGCCAAGCUGGCCAUGAUCUGCAGCGGGGUGUCUCUGCUCUGCUUUUCCACACUCUUCAUAGUGGGCUGCGAGAGCAUCAAUUUAGGAGGCAUCAACAUACCUUACACCACUGGUCCGACUCUUACGAUGACCCACAGGAACCUGACGGGCAGUUGCAACGUGAACUGUGGCUGCAGGAGCCACGAGUACGCUCCGGUCUGCGGCUCUGACGGCAUUACCUAUUUCAACCCCUGUCUGGCUGGAUGCAACACCGUGGGCAAUGAUAGCACCGGGAUUAGGAACUACACAGACUGCGGCUGUGUGCAGAGCAGACAGGUCAUCACCCCAUCCUCCGGCGGCCAGGUCAACCAGCUCCAACUGGUCAUCGUUAAAACCUACCUGAACGAAAACGGCUAUGCCGUUUCGGGGAAGUGUGACCGCACCUGCAACACCCUCAUCCCUUUCCUCAUCUUCCUCUUCAUUGUCACUCUUAUCACCGCUUGUGCCCAGCCCUCCGCCAUCAUCGUCACACUCAGGUCUGUCAAAGCACAGGAGAGGCCUUUUGCUCUUGGGAUGCAGUUUGUCUUGCUCCGAACUCUUGCUUACAUCCCCACGCCCAUCUACUUUGGCGCUGUGAUCGACACCACCUGCAUGCUGUGGCAGCAGGACUGCGGAGUGCACGGCUCCUGCUGGGAGUACGACGUCACCUCGUUCCGCUUCGUCUACUUUGGCCUGGCGGCCAGCCUUAAGUUUGUGGGCUUCAUCUUCAUCUUUCUCACCUGGUACUCGAUCAAGCAUAAGGAGGAUCGAGCGGAUCGCUGGCGCCAGCACCUGCCUCCUCUGGGCACAGUCAGCGACCUCAUCUGCCACGCCGGAGGUCACAAAAGCCACGCUCGCACCCGCUCCUGCCCCGUGUUCAUCCCGCCUCGGCCGGACCCGCCCGCCGCCCUGCUGCUCAACCGUGGCCACAGCAGCCUCAGCUGCCCCGGCAACGCCCUCAAAGCAAUAACCCCGCCCAUCCUGUUGCCACAUCACCACAGAGGCUCCGCCCGUGUCUGAGAGCACUCCAAGCAUCCCUCCGGGGGUCCAUUGUGACACGUGCCUUCCUGUUUGUGUUUCUUCACCACACAGUGUCUGCUUCCCACCAACGAGACGCCAGGCGGGGAUCCACAGCUGCCGCGGGACAUACGGGCAGAGACGCAGGUUGCAGCCACCAUAUUUAAAGGGCUGCUCAUUGUUGCUUGUGCAGGAGACUGACAAAUGUUCUUUCUUUCUGAGCAUAUCAUCAGCCACACACAAGCGUCCACACAGGAGGUCAGACGUCUGCUCGAAGGUUUCGGAUGAUGUAAAGACAUCACAUGGUGCUACUGUUAAAGAGCAGGGCAUUAAAAUCUCUGUACAGAUGAGUCAUCAACACAGCCUCUAAAGCACAACUGACAAACCUGUACUAUGCAAGAUCCUAUGUACAGCUCCUCCCUCCUCAGUCCUGUACAGCUCCCUCUGUACUACAUCUGUACCUCUUUCUUAUUCCCCGCUCAAUUGCUACGUUAUUGUCGGCUCGUUCAUAAUUCCAUUUCCCCUUCCAGUUUGAGCUGUGAACAUAUCAGCAACCUCUCUUGUAUUUGAGCCUUUUCCGGUGUCGUUUGGAUCAUAAGAAUUGAAGUGUUUUUUUUUUUCCCUUUUUUCUGCAACAGUGCCUCUCAGGCUGUCUUGGCCAGUCCAGUACACAAAGCUAGCUACCAGGGUACACGCUAGCUACUGAGAAGCCAGUCGCUGUCCUCUCAGUCGAGCGACGAUAUUCUGCUUUGUUGCCCUCCUCAGCUUCUGUGUUUGGGAACUGCUGUCACUGAACUCGAGUCUUUUGCGCCCGUCGGACGAAGCUCCUCGCCUUGGGCAAAGUAACCAUGUAGCUUAAAGCUGACCAAGCACCAAUGGUACAGUGUUUAAUGACUUCUAUGAAAUCUAUAUUUCAGUACACACCACGCUACUUUACUAUUAUGACGUGUAAUAAUUAGAAAGGUAACUCAUCUCUGACCAUGUGCUGACGCUACUGUAUGUCCAAAAGAUGUGAUUGUACUUGAAGCUGGAAAUGCGAUGGAGAUUUUAAAGAAUGUGGCAAAACCUCAACAAAUCUGACCGACAAACUUCUUCAAAGUUAAAUUAUUUGUAUCUUAUCUAUCUGCAACAAGAAAGGAAAGGAUGCAUCACUUUGGCUUCUCCAUUCUAAUGGUCAGAUGUACAUAGUAGUUAUCUAGUAGUCUAGGCUUUUAAGAAAGUAGUGCAGCGAGCAUGUAAAACAAUGAACUCCCUUUCUAGUGAUUGGAUGUUGAGUAUUCAGUUCCUGGGUGUUUGGGGCCCUCUAGUGGACAAAGAGGUGAUUGUGUGAAGGCCAGUGAAUGUUGCGGUUUGUCUGACUGUGCUAUGAAAGUCUUGGCUUAAAAGGUUAACUAUUAAACUAAUCUAAUAAAGUUAUUGUAUAAAUGAUUCUGAUUAGUUCGAUGCAGUGUAUACAUUUUAAAAGUUAACAUUUUGGGCCAAGAUUUGUGGUAUUCUGCCAGUUAAAGAUUAUCACGUGGUAAUGGCAGUAACUCAUAGUAUUAUCGUGACUUAGUACCUCAAAUUACAUAUUCAUAAGUGAUCGUUGUGUAAAUAUUGAGAAAUCAAAUGAAGCGUAUUAUUGAGCUCGCGCAUAGCUAGAAGCAUAUUUAUGAAUUUACCCAUGAUAUUGUAGCUUAAAAUGAAAAAAGGGUUGUAAAUGACUCACAGCUACAAAACAGAGGAUUUGUCUCGUGCCUGAACAGUAUUAUUCACACGGGAAGGGUCGAGUUCAUCGGGGGGGGGGGAAGAUCAUCUGUCCUGAUUCUCUACCAUUCCACGGCUUCAAAAAGAAGAAUAGCGACGUGGGGUUAUAGAUCGGGUCCCCUGCGGGUGUCACUAGAAAGACAAAUGGGACCCGUGCCGAGUCAUCUUACAAAUAAUAUUUAUUAUAUUCACUUCCCAAUGUGGCCGCUUAUGAAAUCUGUUCUGAUAAAAUACUAAAUGAACAUGUUUGAAUAAAAAUGUUUAAAAUUUAGAUUGAAGCUUUUAUCUAGACUUCCCUGCUAGAACAGUGCUAUACAGAGGAGGAUCAUUAUUGGACACCACUGUUACUGGACACCUACUUCCGUGUCCUGCUGUUCACAUGCCUGGACUACUACUGACACAUGACUUGGGGUUGACUGUAGAAGCUGUAUUCUGAAAGUCGAGCUCUGAUGGCUUUUGUUCCUCGGGAGCAGAGGUCUGAUUGAUGUUUGUCAACUCUUGGUUUACAAAUGCCUUGAAUACUUGAUUUGUCAUUAAAAAAAAAAAGAUAAA